AUUUCCACGGGUGAUUUGUGAAAUUUAUCCAAACUUGGAAGUGAGAGUAGUUUGACUCCGUACUCCUAGAGGGACCUCAAAGCGUUUGUUUUUUUCUAGGAUUCUUAGCUUCUUAGUAAUGUUUAUAUUAAACUCAUUUCAAAACAAUUUUUUAGUGUUUUAAACAAUUCUACUAAGUUAAGAAGAAAUUUAAUCGUUUAGUGUAUUUUCUUUUCAUAAUCACUUCGUAUUUUAGGUGUGAAACAUUCUCAAACUUGUACGGAAUGAUCCAGAGCGGAUAUUUUGGUUGGUGACAGUUUGAUAAAGCCAACAAGAUGGUUGUUCUAAAUAUACCGGAAGUCCCAAAAAGUGAGCAUACCGAAAACUACUUUUCGGAAUUUUCCAACAAUACGACAAUUCACGGUUUCAAAUAUUUCGUCGACCGUGGCAUUUCCGUGUUUGAAAAGAUUUGGUGGGUUUUGGCCUUUUGUUUGUGUGCUUAUGUUUGCACUUCUAUGGUCAUGUCGAAUUGGGUGAAAUGGGACGAAAAUCCAGUUUUUUUGAGCGUGAGUACCAAACCGAUGAAGCAUUGGGAAGUUCCAUUUCCUGCCAUUACCAUUUGUCCCGAAAAUAAAAUCUGGAAAACGAAAUAUAAUUACACAUACUAUAAAGAAAAAUUCAAAAACAGAACUUUGACACUUGCCGAAAAGCAACAGUUUGCAGAUGUUAAAAUGUUUUGUCAUGAUAAUCCCAAACAAUAUGUAACACGUCGAUAUAACAUAAGUAUUGAAGCGUUAAAAGUUCUAAUUUAUGAUUUUUAUCAAAUUCCCUUGCUGAUAUCUUACUGUAUGUGGCGUGGACGCAUUGUCGAAAUGUGUAAAUUUUUAUUUUCGCCAACUCUCACAAAUGAGGGGCUCUGUAUCUCGUUCAAUAUGGUAAACAAAUAUAAUUUGUUUACGAACAAAACUUACACGUUCAAUGGUCAUUUCAGCCAUAAAAACGUCCUGAACUGGGAUUAUGACAAUAAUUAUGCCAAAGUUAACAAAAUCGGGUACCCAUUUCGAACCACAAAAAUCACCGACUCUCUCACAGUUCAACUGAACUUGGACUUAAACAAUAUUGAUAAAAAUUGCGACUCUUCUCAGGGUUACAAAGUUUAUGCCCACCAUCCGGCGGAAAUGCCCUCAAAAUACGUCAAAAUCAACAACGAGAAAAAAUACAGAUUUGAGAUCAAACCUGAGGCCAUAAUAAGCGAUUCCAGUUUAAUUGAUUACAAUCCACAGAGACGCAAGUGUUUCUAUUCCUACGAACGGCCUUUGAAAUUUUACAAAAUUUACACGCGUCGGAAUUGCGAGACCGAAUGUCUUGCCAAUUUCACGCUGAAGUCUUGCGGGUGUAUUCCUUAUUACAUGCCAUGUGAGUUAAUUUUCUAAAAAGUGUAAAAAUAAUUCGAAAUUAUAGUCUAAAAUUCGACCCCAAUUUGCGGGCCUUCAAUGUUCGUUUGCAUUGAAAGGUCUCAAGAAAAUUUGUUGAAUUUGGCGAUGUUGUCGGAAGUUAAAGAAAAGUCGG